UGAAUUGUGAAGUGGGAGUAGCAUUUAUUCUGCGAGAAGAAGUGUGCUGCAAUCGUGAUUAGUAUCGGAGCUUCACGGCAUCCAUCUUGCUUGCACACCACAUUCUCCCCUCUUUGCCAAUCAUGGAUGCCGUGGAACAGGGUGAUGCAGAUCCCAACCUUCCAUUGUUGAUCGUCGGACCGUCUGGAUCAGGAAAGACGUUCGAAUUGACUGUUCAAGCGAUUCGUGAAAUUAACAUCAGACUAAAUGCGCAAAAUGGAGAUGAUCACACUCAUAUGAAGGCUCUUUGCAUGACUCCUUUCAAUACGGCAACGUCACAUCUAAUGGCAAAGUUCGCGAAAGGAUUAGAUGUCGUCAUUGCAGAGGGCAAUCUUGUACUUGCCCAACAAAGACCGCCAAUCGUUGAUCCUGUUUGCACAACAAUUCAUCAUACAUGCAGAAAAUGGCUGGCAGCAUAUGGGCACUUGAUCGAUCAACCAAAUAUGGCAGAAGUGUGUUCAGAAGAAAGAGCAAAGCGAUUAUUGGAGCUAUUGCAAAGCCUUGAGCAUAAUGAUGAAUUUUACGAGCGAAAUCAAGAUAUCUGGAAUCAAGACAUAGAGCGAGUACGAAUUGAAAUGGUGGAAGAAUUAACAUUGGGCGUUCGAAGCUUUGAGUUCUUGGAAAGUGCGAUACUGGCAGCUCGAACUUGUAAAAAUGACGGUGCAUUUGCCUUGACUCUGCAAGAGAUCAUCCGCUUAUACAAGAUCAAUGAUUUUCGCCUCGUGGACGACAUCUUUGCAAGAUUUACAGAAGCGCAAAUUUUCGCUGCAAUUGAUUUCUUUCCAUGGUACGACGAAAUUUUGCGACAUAAUCGUUUGUACGACUUUGAAGAUUUGGUCAUCUUUGGUCUGCGUUUGGUCAAUAUGCACGCUCGUCAUAUCACGAAAGCGGAGAAGAUUGGCCUAAUUGUUAUAGACGACUUUCAGAACAGCUCUGAACAGCAACGGCGCUUCCUCAAAGCACUAAUGAGCGCUGAGGGGAAUCCGAUCAAAUUGAUGGUAGCCUGUAACGAUCAUCACAUUGCACAAACUGAAGGUGGGCGAUUGGAGGAUCUUGAUCGAACGGCUUAUGCAUUUACAGGCGCUCCAAUUUCCUUUUCGCCAGACGAACUCAUGGCAGGAGUACUGCCUGUGGGGGCACUAUACCAACAUGUAGACUACAGAAUCAAUUGGAGAAGCUCUUCCAAUAUCCAGCAAGUCGCAUAUGGAAUUUUCAACCGUCAUCUACUCAAUUUCAACCGUGAAGGAUUACAAUACCAGCCCGUCGCGGUGGGAUCUCACAGUAUUGCAGCAGAAGCACGAUUUAUCCAAGAAGAGGUAGACAGGAUUCAUCUUGAGGAUCGAGGUAGGGGAGAAAGUUUAAGUUCAGUAAGUAGAGCAACGAUACCGCUGUACACGUUUACGGCAUUAACUUUUCUUCAUCCGACAGGUGGCAAUUAUGACAAGAACGAAUGCCAAUGUUCGUUUUUUAGUUGAUGCAUUGACGAGAAGAAAUCGCCUAGGUGGUGAAUACUGUCCCAUCAGAGUUAUGGUGGGUAUCAUAACCGACGCAGCAUUUUUUCCAAUCACUAACAUUCCUUCAUGAG